ACGUAUACGUAAGGUCUGUCAAACGAAAUACACAGUUUAUUAUUUGGUAAUGACGACAGAGGAGGCAUUCCCACCGAUUAUUAAGUUCCAGGCAGACGACACGACAGCAUUUCUUCGCGCUGCUCGGUCUGGGAACCUUGAAAAAGUGAUCGAAUUCCUCGAUACCGAUUUAGAUAUUAAUACAGCUAAUUCGAAUGGUUUAAAUGCUUUACAUUUAGCAUCGAAAGAUGGACGUGUUGAAAUAGUAACAGAAUUGUUAAAAAGGGGUGCUAAAGUCGACGCAGCCACAAAGAAAGGGAACACUGCGUUGCACAUAGCUUCGCUCGCUGGUCAGUCAGAAAUAGCAAAUAUCCUUAUUCAAUAUGGUGCGGCGGUUAAUAUCCAAUCUCAAAAUGGUUUUACACCUUUGUACAUGGCUGCCCAAGAAAAUCACGAUCAAGUCGUUAAGUUGCUGCUCAGUAAUGGAGCUAAUCAAAGUCUCGCUACGGAGGACGGAUUUACACCUCUCGCUGUGGCAAUGCAACAAGGACAUGACAAAGUUGUCAGCGUUCUUUUAGAAAACGAUUCUAAAGGAAAAGUUCGACUACCAGCACUUCAUAUCGCGGCGAAGAAAGAUGACUGUAAAGCUGCAGAUCUAUUGUUACAGAACGAUCACAAACCCGAUGUCACGUCGAAAAGUGGUUUCACACCUUUACAUAUUGCCGCCCAUUAUGGAAACGAGGAGAUAGCUCGUUUGUUAAUAAAACGCGGAGCUGAUGUGAAUUACUUAGCGAAGCAUAAUAUAAGCCCUUUACACGUAGCGGCGAAAUGGGGUAAAAACAACAUGGUUAAAGUAUUAUUAGAAAAUUCUGCGCAAAUCGAUGCUAAAACUAGGGAUGGUUUAACGCCGCUCCACUGUGCAGCAAGAUCUGGUCAUGAACAAGUGAUUACCACACUUCUCGAACAGUCUGCACCUAUUAGUGCACGAACGAAAAAUGGACUUGCCCCGCUGCAUAUGGCGUCGCAAGGAGAUCAUGUGGAUGCAGCGAGAGUAUUGUUGUAUCAUCGAGCGCCAGUAGACGAAGUCACGAUCGAUUAUUUAACAUCUCUUCAUGUUGCCGCACACUGCGGUCAUGUUAGAGUUGCCAAACUGCUUCUCGACCGAAAAGCUGACCCAAAUGCACGCGCUUUAAAUGGCUUCACACCGUUGCAUAUCGCUUGCAAGAAGAAUCGAAUAAAAGUCGUUGAGCUCUUGUUAAAACACGGAGCAUCUAUCGAAUCCACCACCGAGUCUGGACUAACUCCCUUACAUGUGGCCAGUUUUAUGGGAUGUAUGAAUAUCGUGAUAUUUCUACUGCAACACGAAGCCAAUCCUGAUGUGCCAACUGUUAGGGGUGAAACACCUCUGCAUUUGGCAGCUAGAGCUAAUCAGACAGACAUUAUUCGAAUUUUAUUACGAAACGGAGCCAAAGUUGAUGCUCGUGCAAGGGAACAGCAAACACCGCUUCAUAUUGCAUCACGAUUAGGAAAUAUUGACAUUGUUAUGUUACUUCUGCAACAUGGUGCUGCUGUUGAUACCACUACGAAAGAUAUGUACACAGCAUUGCAUAUUGCAGCAAAGGAAGGGCAAGAGGAGGUGGCAACUAUUCUUGUGGAAAACAAUGCUUCUCUUAAAGCUACAACUAAGAACGGUUUUACUCCGUUACAUAUCGCUGCUAAAUAUGGUAAUAUGAGCGUUGCGAAGAUACUUUUGCAAAGGUAUAGCAAGCUGGAUGCUCAAGGAAAGAAUGAUAUUUCUUCUUUGCAUUUGGCUUGCCACUAUGAUCAUCCAAAUGUUGCGAAUCUUUUGUUAGAAAAAGGAGCAUCUCCCCAUUUAGCUUCGCAAAAUGGACAUACUCCUCUACACAUUGCUGCUCGCAAAAAUCAGAUGGAUAUUGCUUCGACUCUCUUGGAGAAUGGAGCAAACGCAAAUGCCGAAUCUAAAGCAGGAUUUACACCUCUGCAUUUGAGUGCACAGAAAGGACACUACGAUAUGACGAAUUUGUUAAUCGAACACGGAGCUGAUCCGAAUCACAAGUCAAAGAAUGGUCUCACCGCGUUGCACCUAUGUGCUCAAGAAGAUUUCACCAAAGUGGCUUAUAUUCUUGUUAAAAAUGGCGCGAACGUAGAAAGUCAUACUGAAACUGGUUAUCGACCGAUACACGUUGCCGCACAUUUUGGAAAUCUCUCGAUGAUUCGGUUUCUUUUAAAACAUAGCGCAAGCAUCGAUGUAAAAACUAAUCAAAAUUAUACACCACUUCAUCAGGCUGCACAACAAGGCCAUGCCAAUAUUGUUACUGCUUUGUUAGAAGGAAAUGCCUCUCACAAGGCACGAACCGCUGACGGCUUGACUGCGUUAAACAUAGCUCAAAAAUUGGGAUACAUAUCUGUUAUGGAAGUACUGAAAGGGCUAUCUUACGAUACGUUGGCACCUGAUAAUAAAAAUUGGGAUGAAAAGUACAAAGUCAUAGCACCUGAAAGUUUACAAGAAACUAACUUUAUGUCUGACUCCGAUGAUGAAGGAGGUUCAGAUGCAAUGAUCAGUGAACAACCGUAUCGAUAUCUUACGGCAGACUUGAUGAAAAGUUUAAGAGAUGAUUCUCUACCUAUUGACGUUACACGGGAUGAUCCAAUACAUAGACAAGUCACAAAAGAAGAGAAACAAGAGUUCACACAAAGCAAUAAUUAUUGUUUAGCAGAAAACUUUGAUACCGACGGAUUCAAUUUGGGCCGACUUCAUUUCAGAUCAUUUUUAGUGAGUUUCUUGGUGGAUGCACGUGGAGGUGCUAUGAAAGGAUGUAGGCAUAGCGGUGUACGUAUUAUUGUACCGCCACGAAGAGCGACAAUGCCAAUUCGUGUCACGUGCAGAUUGAUAAAACCUAACAAAGUGGCGAAUCCUCCUCCACUAAUGGAGGGAGAGGCUUUAGCGACGCGUAUUAUAGAAAUGGGACCAGUUGGUGCAACGUUUUUGGGGCCUGUUUUAAUCGAUAUACCACAUUUCGCAUCUAUCCGAGGCAAGGAGAGGGAAAUCAUUAUUCUCAGGAGUGAAAAUGGAGAAACUUGGAAAGAGCACGAUAAUUCUGCCGAUAACGAUACCACUUUAUUAAAUACUCCACUCGAUCCUCUAAUGAGCGCUGCUCAUUCUGGCAGAAUCACUCGUAUAAUAACAACAGAUUUUCCACAAUACUUUGCAAUUAUCACGAGGAUUAAACAGGAGGUUCAUGUGAUCGGUGCUGAGGGUGGAAUUUUAACAUCAAGCGUAGCUAACGACGUUCAAGCAGUUUUCCCGCCAGGAGCGUUAACGAAGAAGAUUAAAGUUGGAUUGCAGGCUCACGUAAUUCCGGCAGAACUUACAGCAAAAUUGCUAGGCAAUUGUGUUGCCGUUUCUCCUGUAAUAACAAUCGAACCAAGAAGACGAAAGUUUCAUAAGCCGAUUACUCUUACAAUACCUGUGCCACAAGCUGCGAAUAAAGGAAUGAUCAAUCAAUAUGGGGGCGAAACGCCAACGUUACGCCUUUUAUGUAGUAUUGCAGGAGGUACUAGUGAAUCGCAAUGGGAAGAUGUUACCGGCUCGACACCAUUAACUUUUAUGAACGACACAGUGUCCUUUACUACAACCGUUUCUGCCCGAUUUUGGCUAAUGGAUUGCCGUAAUAUAGGCGCAGUACCAAAAAUGGCUACUGAAUUGUACGAAGAAUCCUUAUUUGUGCCAUAUAUUACGAAUUUUGUAAUAUAUUCCAAACGAAUGGAUAUGCUUGAAGCAACAUUAAGGAUAUUGUGUAUGACCGACGGAAAGGAGGGAAUGCAUACCUUGGAGAAGCAAGAGGAAUUUGUCGAAAUUGUAAAAAGCCGAGAUGUUGAAGCGCUCGAUGGGAAAGAUCUUUAUAUAGAGUUCAGUGGAAAUUUAGUACCUGUAACGAAAUCGGGUGUACAAUUGAAGUUCACCUUCAAAGCUUUUCGUCAAAAUCGUUUAUCGUUUCACGUUAAAGUGAAAGAUCCGUUGUUAGAUCCGGUCGCUAGAAUGCUGUUCAUGCGAGAACCGAAAGUCGCUAAAGGAGAACCGCCUCAACAGCCGAUUUGCAUACUAAAUAUCGUUCUUCCAGAAAUGACAGCAAAGAUUGAAAUAGAGAAGAAAAUGAAAGACUACGAGGAUUCGAAUAUUAUUAAACAGAAACUGGAUUCUUACGAUAUUUCACCGUCGGAAAAGAAAUUUAUUACAGACACCUUGCAAAAGGAACGAACAGAUGCUGUCACUACCCACGAAUCCCUUGCGCAAAAAGCGGCUUGUUCCCUAGAAUCUGUAGAUGCUAGUUAUCCCAAUAAAGUAGUCGAGCAAGAGCAGGAUUUGUCACCAAGCGUUGAGAGGCAAACCUAUUCGGAGAAGAGGAAAUUCUGGGAGGAUAUCUCGAAGAAGCGGGAAAGUUAUCAGCGUUCGGAAUCGGAGAUAUCGAGAACGUCACAGUUAACGAUCAAUGAAAGCGACAGCGGAGAGUAUGUGCAGAACAUCGUCACAGAGGACACGGCGGAAAUUGUUCAGGAAGUUGAGAAGUCGGAAACGAUGGAAGAUUUGAAUGUGCCUGAUAUCUCGGAGUGUUCGGUAGCGGAGAAAGCUCAAUACUUUGAAGAACAGAUACAGAAAGAGAUAAUAAUGAAACCAGCGACUAAGGUACAGGAAUCGUUGAAAUCCGAGAAAGAGAAGACAGCGAGGACUAGAAUUUCCGAGACAGAAGAGAAGUAUGUAACUGAAUUGCAAGAAAUUGAAAAGAUGGACGAAGCGAAAGAAGUUAUUGGGACGGAAAUGAGAGAAGGAAAGGAGGUUGAAAGGAAAGAAAUAAGGAAAUUGAGUUCCGAAGAUGAGAAAGAUAAAGAUGAGAAAGAUAUAGAUGAGAGUAAAGAAAUUCAGAAAGAAGCGAGUGAUGCAGCUGUUGUCGAUGAUACUAAAGACAAAUUGAGCAAGGGAAGAGGAGACGAUUACGCGAAAUCUGGCGAAAUCAUGACGGAGAAAAUUGAUAAACCGGAGAAAUUCGAAGAAGAUAUUGAAAAGAUUAGCGCACAACCUGCGGAAGCUGCUGAAAAAAUUACAAGUAAAGUGAAAGACGAGUCGCAAUACAAAAAGAAGACUGUGGAGAAAAUAAUAGAAUCAACAAUGCGUAUUGAAGAAAGAUCAAUUGACACGAUUAAACAAGUAGACGAUACACAGGUAAAGGAAAGAAAGGUUUUGGAAGAAAGUUCUACAGUGGUGAUAAAAGAAACGAGUGAAGAAGUGCGCGUACAAGAUGUUGUAAAAGAUGUAAAGACAAAACAGGAAGACUCACAAGAGAUGGCCAAGGAUGUAAAGGGAAAGCAUAAGGCUGUUCAAGAAAUUACGGAAGUGAGUACGCAACAAGAAAGGAUAGAGAAAAGAAGUGUAAAAGAAACAACAGCAACGGAAGUGCAAGAAAAGGAAGUAAAGAAAUCAGCCGCAGAAACAACUAUAAAGAAGGGUGAAGAAGAGGAGAAACUAGAAGAGCAAAAAUCUGUUCAUGUAAUAACUGCAAGAAAAGAAAGUGUAGAAGAAAAAGAAAAGGAUGUGCAAGAAUCUGUUGUGAAAGUACAUGCACAAGAAGAAAGUGUAAGAGAAGAUACAAUGAAGGAAGAAGAGAGAAAGGAAGAGAAGGAGGAGAAGGAGGAGAAGGAGAAGGAGGAGGAGAAGGAGAAGGAGGAGAAGGAGAAGGAGGAAAAGGAGAAGCAGAAGGAGAUAGAGAAGCAGAAGGAGAUAGAGAAGCAGAAGGAGAUAGAAAAGCAGAAGGAGUUAGAGAAGCAGAAGGAAAUAGAAAAGCAGAAGGAAAUAGAGAAGCAGAAGGAGAUAGAGAAGCAGAAGGAGAUAGAAAAGCAGAAGGAGAUAGAGAAGCAGAAGGAAAUAGAGAAGCAGAAGGAGAUAGAGAAGCAGAAGGAGAUAGAAAAGCAGAAGGAGAUAGAGAAACAGAAGGAAAUAGAAAAGCAGAAGGAGUUAGAGAAGCAAAAGGAUGCGCAAGAUGGUAUUCCUGAAGGAAUAAAGGAAGAGCGAACACAGCAAGCUGUUACAAGUGUGAUCACAAUGCAAGGAACAGGUAAAACGCCGGAGAGAAAAAUUGAAGAUAUUAUUAAGGAAAAGUCAGGUGGAAGGCGUAUAAUAACAGAAGAGACUACUAUUAUAUACAAAGUACAGAAGGAUGGAACAUUGGUACAAGAACAAGUACUAAAAUCUGUUCAAGUAGAGGGAGGAAGUGAUGCUUUAGGUGCACUAGCUCAGCUUCCUAAAAGUACGAUUGAAACAAAAAUAUAUGAACAGACUAUUUCUGAAGGAUUGCACGAGAUACAGUCUAUUGGAGAUGUUAAAUCUAAAAUUACUUUCUCAGCAGACGUGAAAAAGGAAAUGGAAAAGUUUUUUGAAAAAGACGGAAAGGGAAUUGAAGAUACGGAUAAGAUUAAGGAAGAAGUAACACUGGUUGAACACGAACAAUUGGCGCAAAUACCUUCGAUUUUGGACUCAGUUACGAAAGAAGGUGCAGAAAUUCUAGAAGAGAGAAAGGAAGAUGCGAAAGAAAAAGGAGUUACAUUUGACAAAAAAGCAGUAAGUGAAAUAGAAACGAAACCUGUAAAGAAAGAAUUUGAAUCGCGUAUUCCUAUUUCCACAGUAAAGAUGGAGAAAGAUAAAAUUCAAAAAGAAACGAAACCUAAAACCGGCAUAGAAGUAAAGCAGCUUCCAAGCAAACCCGAAGAUAACAAGGAAUUUACUGUAGAAGAACAAGAUAUUUCACCGACAGGUAAAAAGAAAGAAUUUGAGUCUCGAAUUCCUAAGCGCGUUACAGAUGUUAAGCCAACGUCUUUUAGUCAACGUUCUCUAGAACAGGCUAUAAGCAGCAGCGAAGGUGUUGAAACAGAUCACGACAAGCUGGCCGAUGAUUUAACGCGUAAAUUUGAAAAUCUAAUGAGGGAAACAACGAGACAGCUAACGAUGAUAGGUAAAACAGAUCAACAUUCGAUCGAUUCAUCAAGUCAAAGAGACAGUAUAAGCAUCAGCGAAGAUCAAACUACAGACCAGGAAUUAUCUCUAAACGAGAAAGAAGGAAGUGUUUGUUUGUCGUCGUCGCAAGUUAAACUACACGACAGGGACAUUACUAUGAGCCCUAGCAGUAUGUCCGAGCAAACAGAUUUCGAAGAAACUAUCGACGUUGAUACAAAUGAAUUGGAGGGCUUAUCAAAACCAACUUUAAGCCUACAAUUCGAGAAACAACGAUCGGACAAAUCGAGCAGCCAAAUGGAAUUGCAGGGAGACAUACAUAGCGAUGUGAGUUUCCCCCACGAGAAGAUUGUAUCUGAAAUUUCAGGUGCUAGAGUUUUGGAAAUUCUUGAACCUGGUAUGGACAGUCAGUCUAGAGAAGAUUCCGUUGAUGUGCCUUCUUUGGAAAUGGACGAGUAUAAAAUAUCCGAGCAAACCAGCAGGGGAAUACCAUCCUUAUAUGAAAGCGCGGGAACGGAUUGGUUCGAUAAGGUGGUUCAAGAAUUGGAUAUAACGAUCAGUCCUAGUACUGUAUCGGAAGACACGAAUAUAGAUUACUCUUUGGUACAAGAGCCUUCUCUUCCCAUCACGGCGCAAAAGGAACACGAAGUGGUAAGCACGAAAAGAGCGGAUAGUUUUGAAAUUGAAAGUCCUCCGUUGGUUUCCCCGAAACAGAAACUGCACGAUCUUGAAAUUAAACCGGUUAAUUGGAUGAUCGGCGAUGAGAAAAUUGAAAUAUCCGAGGUAUUGCAACCAUCGCAGAUCUUCAAUCAAGAAUUAGAAGCAUACGAAUCAAUGCAGAAAAAGGAACGAUUAACUUCGUUAGACGAGUCUACCAAUCGUGAACAGGAAGCAGGUAUCAAAUCGUCCGAAGGUAUUAGUAUGAUAAAAUCGACGAAGGAGACAGUUGAAGAUCAUCGCACUCCGACUCUUGAGAAACCCAUGAAAUUUACCGUAAUUCCUGUUAGCGAACAAGAUUUCGAGAGCGAAUUGGUAGAGAACAAGUUAGACGUUAGCUGUCAAGAAUUAGUUGACACGUUGCAGCGUGAAUACGACGCGAAAACGCCUAUUAACGAUUACGUAGAAACUAUGCAACAAGAAAUAUCUGCCGAGCAAACUGUAGAAUCGGAGAAGCAGGAGAUUGUGCAAACAGACGAACACGCUUCAGAAGAACGUACCGAUGUAACCACAAUUACUACAGAUUUACCUACCGAAAAAUCUUCCGAGGAUGAUACUAGAAAAGACACGGUUGAAGAUGAAGCACCUUCGUUUACCGAAAAGACGCAGGUGGAUGAAGAUAAACGUGAAAAAGCUGCUUUGAAAUCCGAAAUUGAACUUACACUAGAGAAAACGGUGAAAUUGUUGAAAGACAGCGAUAAACCCGCAGGAGAAGCAGCACAAGAGGUAACAGAAACUGGUAAAACAAUCCGUGUGGAUGACGUGUUAAAGGAAUGGACGGAAGCUUAUUUAUCGAAAAUGAAACCUUUAAGUGAUGAUUACAAAAGACACAUGGAAAAAACUACAGAUAAGCACGAUAAGCCUGGAAGAUCCAUAACAGUUCCUUCCGACACUUGUGCCUUUAAAAUAAAAAAAGAUGACCCCCAUAGUGUUGAUUUAAGUGCGCGUUACGCUAUAACUGUUCUAGAUCAGGUAGUUAAAAAAGAAAUUGCCGAAGUGAAAGAAUCCCUUGAGGCAGCGAAGCAAGACCUGAUAGAGGAGUUAAAUGAAAAUAGUGAAACUGUGAUUCAAAUAAAAGAUUCCCCGUCAGAGUUCCAAUUUAAAUUACAACCCGAAUCCAUUCCGAACGAUUUACCAUUUUUAUACUCACCAUCGCUUCCUGAACAAACGCACGAACCUCAUACAGAAACAAUAAAGAGCGAUUCUCCGAUUGAUAAAUCAAUGCCGUACGAAGCAAAAGAUAGUACUGAAAGUAAAGCAGAUGUAGAAGAAUCAGCUUCUAGUAGUAUCGAAGAACCGAUAAGUCUGACAAAAGGAGAAACACCUGUGAUCAAAACUGAAAAGUCUGAUGUUGAGACUGCUCCAAUAACCGUCCACGAAGAUACGAAAGACGACGAAGAAGAACAUCCUAGUCCUGUGCCUGCUAGUAGGUCAGGUUCAGAUGUAGACAAUAAAGACGAAAGUUCUUCUUUGGCUUUACCGCGCACAGUACUACGAAGACGGCAGAAGCCCGGUAGAAGUUCUAAACAAGUCACUUCUGAAAGCGAUGGGGAUGUUGGUUCCAGUUCCGGCGAAAGUAGCAAUUAUCAGUCAUGCGAUAACGAGAUGGGAAGUGGUAGCCGACCUAGUUCUUCCGAUAUAGAAGCUUUACAAUCCUGCGGUAUACCUUCAGCUACAACUUCAGAAUAUGAAACAGCACUGAUGUCUAUGGAGCAUUCUUCCUCUUCGAAACCAACUUCGCUAGAAUAUCACACCGCUGCCACUACACUGAGCUCGCGUGAAUCCAUGAAGUCUUUAACUUCCUUUAGUUCAGGUCAUCUUGGCAGUAUCGAUAGUACCAGUGAAUUGUCAGAAACAUUGGUGCCUUCUGAAACGGACGAAGAGAAAGGUGAGCCAGAGGAGGAUCUCAAGGAUGUUGCCGACGAAGAAAAUACCGAACAGUCAGAUUCUUCGGGUAGCGAUAUACCAAUUGACGAACCAAUGAAUAAGAUCGACAGUCACAUACCUUGUCGUAUGAAACGAUCGUCUGAAAUGAUCUUCCCGCAAGUACUUGAUGCUGCUGCACUCGACGAUGAAGCCACGCAGGAGCUACCAGCGAAAGAUACCAAAGGAGUAGAUUUUGCUACGUCAACUUCAUCGACCAGCCCCGGUACUCUACAAUCUGUAGACAUAAUGACAUCGCGAAUAUCCGAAGAUGGCGUGCAGAGUGUGUGCACUCAAGUGAUUUCAACUCAAGCCUUGGCAGAAGGUGAUGAUUCAUCCGUGGUAAAAGCAGAAGAUGAAAUUUUUGAUACGACAACCGUUGAUAAGGACGCGGAAGAAGCUACGUUGGACGCGCAAGUAACAGAUUCCGACAUUUUCGAGCAAAAAUAUUUCGGAGCCGGUGUUUCGAGUGAAAGCCCCGAAAUGUCUGUACAAACGUCGCUAACGUCGUUGAUGCAGCAACAGGCAAGUAUGUCGACGUCUUCAACAUCUGCCGUGUCCAUUGAUACGGUUAUAGAGAGAGGAAAAUCGGAUCGUCACUCGCCAGAUAGCGAUUCAUUCGAGAUGGUUGAUAAACCUGAUAUCAUCGAUGAUUUCGUAGUGAUAGAGGAAGUCGGUAAGGAAGCGGAAGAAUACGAUUCUGAAGGUAAAAGUAUACGUAUCAGUUCUAUACCGCAAGUAACUAGCAAAAAUUACGAUCGUGAUCUCGAAAAUUUGAUAACCGAGAACAAAGAGGACUCUCAAGUAUCGACGAGUCAACCGUCGAAGAAUAACGAAUUAUUCGACUUCGAAUCCGAAGAAAGUCCUCCGCAGAUUUCAAACGACGACCAGUACUCUCAGUCGUAUUCGGACGAGGAGCAAUACGAAGGUGAUAAGAAGUGGAUAGAAAUGCAGUGUCGCCCUGACACGCGUGUCUAUGACAUUGAAUACGAUCGAGGUCCUCUAGAAGAUAUAAAAGAAGAGGAGAUUACCGACUUCGAGGCUGGUAGCAGUAGAUUUGGAAGUUUAGGUAGUCACAAAGAAUCGAUAGGGAGCGUAGGUAGUAUGCGCGGUAGCUUUGGAAGUACUCCCGAUUACGAUGUUCUAACAGGUAAAAAGUAUUUCACUAGGCCAUCCGAUCAUGAUAAUGUAUCCUUGAGCUCGUUACAGGAGUUUGAAAACUUAGAGAGUGCUGUUGCCGCUGAGAAUUCGAAAAAAUUGCAAUGCGGUUCGCAUGAUUCCGUUAACAAUGGUAGUCUUCCGAAAAGGUAUGUGAUUAGCCGAUCCGGUCAUGGUGAUGAUGUCUCACUGUCUUCGUUGAAGGAUUUCGAAGGGCUGGAGAGGGCCUGUAGAGAUGCGCACUUAAUCGAGAUGCGUGCUAAAGAGGAGGAAGAUUUAUUAGAACACGAAAGUCCUGAGAAUAAGUAUAAAUUGGAAUCUCUACCGAGGACAAGGGUUGAUACGAGUACGGCGGGCUCGUUUAACGCUAGCAUGUCCGGAUCGGAUGAUUACGAGAAGAGAAUAAAGGAGAUCGAUGAAAUUAUACGUAUAGCUCAAUCGAAUUUGGAAAAGUCCGAACGGCAAGAUGACACGACGGACGACAUUUCGCAAAUCGAAAUUACGGAUGCUGAGAGAACAGGUACUCAGGUGGCUGCGCAAUUUAUCACGCGACCAGAGGAACCAGAAGCUGCACCUCCUCUCCAGAGGGAGACUAACGUUAUGGAAACAAGUACAGAUUCUCUUGAGCUGGAAGACAAUACAGAUAAGAAACAUCAUCCGUUAUGCCGAAGUUCCGAUUCAUUAGAGAUGAAAACCACCUUAGACUUUCCUUCGUUAAGUUCUGAUUCGUUGAAUAAUGUACGAGAUGCAAAAGAGACGCAGUCGGAUGUAGCUGAACACCCCAGCAAUGUCAGGCGUAUUUCUUCGGAUUCGUUAGAUAUGCCUUUACUUGAACAACAAGAUGCCGAGGGUCAUGAAAGACGAAGCAACGAAGACGAUCAUUCGGAUGGUGUUACGUCGGACAAUUCUUUAGAGCAAAGGUCAGAAACGACAGAAACUGACGCCAGAAGUGACAAAAUGAGGACAACACCGAACACCGGUACAUAGGAAUAUUUUCGUAGAUAGUGGACCAUAAAAGUGAAUUUGUUACAAUAUUGGUUUUUAAAGGCACAACGAUGUAUUAUCGAC